CUCUCACUCCAACUCUCCUAUAUACAUCCUUCGCCACUGUCUUCAACACCAUCCACCCCUGUCCCCAAUUCUCUCCUCCUCUCUCUCUCUUUCACCAGUUCCAUCUUCAAUUACCACUUCAGAAACACAUGGCCCUGGAAGCUAUGAAGUCGCCCGCUGCCGCCACCCCGACCUUCCCCUUCCAAGCCUCCGACCUCCACCGAUUGGAGCCCUGUCCCUUGGCCAAGCGAAAGCGUUCCAGGCGUAACCGCCUCGACCACCCGCCCUGCACCGAGGAGGAGUACCUCGCUCUCUGCCUCAUCAUGCUCGCUCGCGACUCCGCCGGUUCUGCCGCCUCGUACGACCGCCACGCCUCGCCGACUCCCAAGCUCACUUACAAGUGUUCCGUCUGCAACAAAGCCUUCCCCUCUUACCAGGCUCUCGGCGGACACAAGGCCAGUCAUCGAAAACUCGCCGGUGAAGAUCACAACCCUUCUUCCAAUGUCACCGGCACUGCUUCUGCCACCACCUCUGCAUCCAGCGCUGGAGGCAGGCUCCACGAGUGCUCCAUCUGCCACAAGUCCUUCCCCACCGGACAGGCCCUGGGCGGGCACAAGCGCUGCCACUACGAGGGCGGCGCUAGCAGUGCUGCCACCGCCUCCGAAGAUGCGGGGUCCGCCCACCGCGAUUUCGAUCUCAACAUACCCGUCUUCUCCUCGACGACGGACGAGGAGGUGGAGAGCCCUCACCCGCUGAAAAGGCCCCGCCUUUCCGCGACAACCACGAGUGAAGCAGUUAGAUCAGUCGGUUCAUUAGGAACUCAGACCCAUUGAUCCUCGGAUCGGUUCUGAGUGUUCUCUUUUUGUCUUUGUUUCAUUUUUUGUUUGUUUGACUAUUUGAAAAUUCGGGAAUUCAUCUGUUGUUGUACAUAAUGAUAGGACGGGAACCGAUUCCAAAUUAUCGUAGCCUGGCGAAUCAAUUUAUUAAUUAUUUUUCUUUCGUGA